AUGUCAGACGAAGAACAGAAGACACCCAGUAAGGCGGCAUCAAGCGGCGGCGCCUGGUCCGAACAAGAAAAGAUCGCGUACCUCAUGGUUCUUUGCGAGCAUGCAGCUGACACCGAAAAAUUCGAGUCCAAGACCAACACCUGCCCUGUUCCCGCCGGCCGCACCACGCUCUCUUGCCGCAAGCUUAUUCUCCGUAUGAAGGAGAAGCAUGGAGAAGAUAUGGAGAAGAUCAAGAAUGGCCUCCCUUUGGGCCCUGCUGCCGGUGACGGAGUUGGCGCCACUCUGGACAAACCCAAGACGACGCCCAAGAAGCGCAAGAACAAGACGGUUGAGGGCGAGGACGAUCCUGCUGAGGGUUCACCGAAGAAGAAGGCCACCCCGCGUCCACGCAAGAAAAAGAAUGAGGCUGUCGAGGUAAAGGAUGAAGAGAUGAUCUAA